AUGCACAAAGUUGUUCCUGUUGAUGACGCAGUCAGAUUGUCUGGUGUGCCUACUGUAUCAAGGUGUGAGUGCUGCAAUGGCUACCCUGAGUCCAGCGUCGGCAGCUAUCACCCGUCCUCCUCUGCAGCUCAGCUCCCCUCACUCGUUUUGCUUCAGGGAAAUCGGAGCCCCCACUCCUCUCAGAACAUGUCUCCUAGUCAGGGUAGCCCAGAUAAUCGGAGCCCUCCCAACGCUAUGGCUGAGCUAUGGCUAAGUCGGAACGCAUCACGCUAUGAAGGCAUAAGAAUGUCUGCUCGUAGGAUUAUCGCCCAUGUUUCAUUGUGGUUACAGGAGCUAGGUAACCCUCUGCCAACCAGCGUCUCUUCUUCCCUUUUUGUGCCUUUUGGUUCGGGCUCCCAUGUGCACGAUCCCGUCCCUACCGACUCAUCUGCCUGGCCUCUGCUAGUUAUUUGGCAAAGACCGCGCCCCGGGUGGGUUAAAUUGAACGUCAAUGGCUCCUCUCGAGGGAACCCAGGUGAGAGUAGUGGUGAGGGAUAUUAUGGGAUUUCAACGAACACGUCUACAGAAGCGCAGGCGAUGCUUGACGGCAUCCUUCUUUGUAGCAAAUUGGGCUUCUCUAACGUUGAAGUAGAAUCUGACUCGAAGACAGUAGUAGACACUGCAACGGCCCCUUCAGGGCAUUGUCAUUGGAAUAUUUGGUACCAAAUGGAGGCUAUCCACUACCUUAGCCGUUCCCUUAACAUCUCCUCCCGGCACAUUUUUCGUGAAGGAAACGCAGUGGCAGAUGCGCUUGCUAGAGAGGCUAGUGAUGGCUGCCCAAACUCUUUCUUCAGCCUCUCCUCGCACCUCCCAAGGUGCAUUAGGGGCUCCCUCCUCCUUGACAAGGGAGGCUUGGGGACCAUCAGAGUUUGA